CUGAAUUUUCUUAGAUUUUACAAACUACUCAAAAAAAACUCGAAUCUUGUAGAGUUAAUCGAGCGAUGUCAGGGGCUGCAAGGAUUUCUGAUAUUCCAUUCAUUUGGUGGUGGUACAGGAAGUGGUUUUGCAUCACUGAUGAUGGAACGGCUAUCAGUCGAUUAUGGGAAAAAAGCAAAACUGGAAUUCAGCAUUUACCCGGCACCUCAAAUCAGCACAGCUAUGGUCGAGCCGUACAAUUCGAUCCUGACAACACAUACCACUCUGGAACACUCAGAUUGCUCAUUCCUGGUGGAUAAUGAAGCUAUUUAUGAAAUAUGCCGCAAAAACCUCGACAUUAAAAGCCCAACCUACACAAAUUUAAAUCGUCUGAUUGCGCAAAUCGUCAGUUCAAUAACGGCAUCGCUGCGCUUUGAUGGGGCACUGAAUGUUGAUUUGACGGAGUUUCAAACAAAUCUGGUACCAUAUCCACGGAUUCAUUUCCCGCUUGCCACAUAUGCGCCAAUCAUAUCAGCGUACGGCUUUUUUUUUUCUCAAAAAUCAGCUUUCUUUUUAAUGUUAUCAUUGUCCAGAAAUUUAUCGUGCAAAACGCGUCCGGUCGCUGACCAGGCCAUAAUGGAUACCUAUUUCCGUUUUGUGUUUUCUGUUCGUUUUACCUGA